AUGCCGCCAAGAAGAGCAAUGAGGGGUGGACCGUGGUCUGGAGUAGUGGACGUGUCCGGAAGUGAAGACUUGUCUGACGAGUUGGCUGGAAUCAUGAUGGAAGACUCUGGAAGUUCUAGAGCAGCAAGAGAGUCGGGUUGUGUGAAUCAACCGUGGUUACCACACGGGAACGAAACCCCGCUUCGCCCUCCGAGUCCCUAUGGUCCGAACGCCUAUCACAAUGAGCGUGAGGAAAGUAUGGAAACUGAACCGGAGGAGGAUCCGGAAGAGGAACCCUUGGAAGACCCGGAAGAAGAGUAG